UUCUUUUUCUAUUUUUUUUUUAACUUUUUUAACUUCCGUAAUCGACCUGUCUCGGUCGUAUAAAUCUCGUUAAUUUGGCUUAAUUCGCGUGUUAAAUGCUCGGGCUAAUCGGGGUUCUGGGUAGUCCAUGCUCUGCUUGAUUCCCGAGAAAAUGGAAGAAAAUUCUCAAAUUCUGGAAUUUGGUCAAGAAUCAGAUCUGGGUUUUGGUGAUUUGGGGGUAUAAACCCUUUUGAGCUCUUAGAAAGAGGGUUUUCUGCUUUCGUAACUGAUGGGUUCGUUGCUCAUGUCAUCAUGUUUCUUGGAAAAUUCCAUUGUUCGAUGGGGAAGUUUUUGCUAGAAUAUGAAUACUAUUAGAACCAAUCAUCGCUUCAUGAGAUACGUUCCGGACAGAAAUGGAAAGAAUCGGUGUGAUUCGGCACAAAGAGACAUCGGUGAUUUUCUUCCUGUUGGUGACAAAUAAGCAGGGAAAGUAUGGAGUUGUUGCAUUUCUUUGGCUCUGAUUACUUCACCUCGGACUGAAGCAUUCUCUUGUUAUCUUAAGAGGUCGGUCCUUUCAAUUCUCGGGUUUCUGCAGAAUUUUGCUGUAAUUUUUUCUGGUAAGGUUGGGAGAUUUCGUGGUAUUGGUUGUUUGCUAGUGGAGUUCAUCAGUAGAAUUGUGUGUUGUAAUUGUUUACUUGUGCGUUGAUUGCUUGAUCAUAUCUGUAAAAAGUUUCUGAAUUUUGUUUGUGUGAUUGCUCUGUUACUGGUUUUGUUGAAUGCUUCACCAGGCUUCGGGACACUGCAUGCCUGAGUUCUUCGGCUGGCUAGUAGAAAUUCAUCGGUCAAUAUGAGCACGGAAGUCAAAGUUCCUGACUGUGAAACCGAACUGGGUCCUCCUCAGGAGGCCAAAGCAAGUGAAGCCUCCUCCACCGACAAGAUAGAGUCCCGACCAGACACUGAUACAGGAACCUACGACUCGGACAAAACCAUGGAAGAAGCUUCUGAGCAAUGUCAAGAAGAGGCUCCUGAAUCUGCAAAGCCCGAGGAGUUAAAAGCAGUGCCCAUAACAGAAACUUUGCAACCCCGAGAUAUGGCUUCCUCCGAGAAACCACCGAAGGCUCCUGAAUGCUCAGCCUUGUCCUUGCACUCUGCUUCAGAAGGGAGCAGCCCUUUUAUCCGUGAAAAAGUUAUGGAAGACGGGUACAACUGGCGUAAAUACGGGCAGAAGCUCGUUAAAGGGAAUGAAUUUAUAAGGAGUUACUACAGGUGUACGAACCCUAACUGCACGGCCAAAAAGCAACUGGAACAGUCGCCGGGGGGACAAAUCGUCGGGACUGUUUACUUUGGCCAGCAUGUUCAUCCAAAGCCUAUCGGUAACCAUUCAGCCACCGGUGCUAUUCUGCCUAUAAACGAACACAAGCCUAAAGAUCUCUCUGCAGCUGUUAAUAAAGAGAAAUCUUGUGGAUCACGGGUCCAGACACCUCAACGGGCAGAACCAACGGCUCACAAAGGACUUCAAGUGUCGGUUAUCUCAUCGGUUGAUGAAGUGAAAACCGCCAUUUUGCAAUCAAGUAGGAUAAAGGGUGAGUCUCACAACAGUGUUAGUCCUGGCUCAAAACGAAGGAAGCAAGAUGGUGGAAAUACCGAACAAAGUCCGGUGGAUAGGUCAAGAAAUGAAUCGCGUAUUGUAGUACACACUCAAACUCUGUUCGAUAUCGUGAAUGAUGGCUACCGGUGGCGUAAAUAUGGACAGAAAUCGGUGAAAGGAAGCCCGUAUCCUAGGAGCUACUAUAGAUGUUCGAGCUCUGGAUGUCCGGUCAAGAAACACGUUGAGAGGUCAUCUCAAGAUGCGAAAUUGCUUAUAACGACGUACGAAGGUAAACAUGAUCACGAUAUGCCUCCCGGGAGGAUUGUUACCCCCAACACGAUGGAUUCGGAAGCCGAUAAGGCUGGUAGCAAAGAACCGAGUUCCAAAGGAGGAGAUGGAAACAAGAAUCUGCAAAGCUCGGUCGUUCAAAUCGUUGCAGAUGACCAAGUAGCUGACGAUGAAUCAAGAACGAAACCCGAACAGAGUAGUACAACUAAUGGUCUAAAUCAAGGAUCGAUCUCGGAUGUGAAGCCAGAGGAGCAAAAGAAAAACAGGUCGGAUCAAACUAAAGAAGAUGAAAGAGGCAGCCUCGCCGAGUCAGGAACAAACCCAGAAGACAAAACCGGUUCUCGUCAAGAAACAGGAGCAGGAACUGAAGACAGAGCCUGUCCAGAGACGAAUCCUCCGGUUUCGGGUAACUGAUGAGAAUUUGAAUGCUUUGGAUUAACGUAGAGUUAGCAGUACAGGUGAGAUGAGAGUAUAGGCUUGUACAGAUGUGGUUCAGACAGUAGCAAAGAUUAGGUUAAGAUUCGAUGUAAUACCACUUAAAAAGCCUGUGAGUUCCCCUCCUCCAUUGGGUCGAAUAAGAAGGAAACACAGGCGGAGCUUUGUAGCAUAAACCAGAGUCUGUGCUUGGGUAGGUUGGGAUGGUGAUUUUGAUCCAACCUUAUUAAUGGUAUUGAGACAAAACAUGUUUACAACUGUACUGCUUCUUGUGUUCACUUGUAUGUUCCAUGGUUUA